AUGCUACUCGGCCUAUAAAUAAUGCAAUAUUAGGAAAAUAAUCAAAUACAUUAUUAACAGUUUUUUUUAGAAUAACAAAUUCCUAUAACAAUGAUUUUUUUUUAAAAAUUGAAUUAAAAGAUUAUUUAGGCGUAAAAUUAAACCCAAAAGAUUGUCAAAUAAAAUACUUCUAAAAGGCUACAUGGGAAUAUACUUCAUGUAAAAUAUUAGAAUCAUAACCGACAAUAUUAUACGUUUAAAUAAAAAAAGAAAUAUCUACUGAUAUAAAUUCAGAAAAUAUCUUAUAAAUAGAAUUUUAGAACGAAAAUCCUUUUGAUAAUCUAUCUUAAUCAGUAAAUAUAUCCACAGUAACUAAGGCGCAUGAAACCGAUUUUAUAUAGUUAGACAUAAAUAGAAAUUUCGGCUAAAUUCCUUUUACAUAAAGUAAAAAUGAUAAAAUUUUAUAAAUAGGGAUUUUAGAUCAACAAAUAAAUACAAAUAACAAACCUGGUGAAAAAGUAAGUAUAAAAUUUUCUGUUGAAAUAAACUAAAAAGUAGGUGUAGAAACUGAAUCAGCUCGAAUAAAAUUGA